AUGUGGACGAUAGUAGAAUAUCGGAAAGUUUCUUAUUUGGGCUUAACAUCUGUUUUCGUUGAUAAGAAUUUCGAACUUAAAACAAUUGAUCUUUGUUGUGGUGAAUAUGAUGAAUUAGAUAAAACUGGUAGUAGUGUCUUAUCGGUGAGUU